AUGUUCGUCAGAAUGCGACAGCAGAGCUACUUGUAUGAACUAGCAGCCCUCUUUAUUGGCCUGCUAGGUCUGCAAGUUGCCACAGCUGCCGAUGAACGCGGCAACCUUACCGUCCGUACCAUUACUGGAGUGUACACGGGACUUGUUAACGAAGACUAUACCAAUGUUCGAGAGUUCAGAAGCAUUCCUUACGCACAGCCACCUGUCGGAUCACUAAGAUGGAUGCCUCCCGUAGCUGUCGCUCCAAGCGGCAAACAUCGCUACUCCCAACGGUUCGGACCGACUUGCCCACAGUACAUGACCAAGAACCUGACGCUGUGGAACUCUAAUAUCACCGACUUCAAGAUCGACAUGGGCGGGCAGAGCAACACUAUUGGGGCCAUGGCUCAGACAAGCACCGAGGAUUGCCUCAGCCUGGCUAUCUGGACACCACUGAACAUCUCAUCCAACGACAGCCUUCCUGUCGCAAUCUUCAUACCAGGAGGUAGCUUCACAGGCGGUGGAAUUACAGUUCCGUACCAGAAUCCGGCCCCGUUUGUCUCACGUCAUAACAACAUCAUCGUGGUGACCCUCAACUACCGCGUCACCAUCAUGGGAUUUCCCCAUGCAGCUGCGCUAGACGACCACAAUCUCGGCAUCAUGGACCAGCGCAUGGCUGUCGAGUGGGUCAAGGCCAACAUCGCCAACUUUGGCGGCGACCCGGACCGCAUGAUCCUCUGGGGCCAGUCCGCCGGCGCCGUCAGCGCCGAUCUCCACAGCUGGGCGUACUACGACAACCCGCUUGUCAGGGGCUACUUCCUCCAUUCCGGCACCGCUGCCGUCCAGAAAAUACCGGCGGAUCCGACUUAUACCAACUUCACCUUCGUGGCGCGGAACCUGGGUUGCGAUUUUCCCAACGACCCGGCGGCAGAGCUCGCGUGCAUGCGCCAGGUUCCCUUGAGUCAAAUCAUGAACUUCGUCGGGCAAUAUCAAGAGAAUAACACCAAGCCCUCCAUCACUUUCAAGCUGAUCCCGGACGACAAAAUAUUCUUCAACAAUUACUCCGCCAGAGCCGAUGCAGGGCUGAUGGCCAAGGUCCCGGCGCUGAUAUCUACGACAUCGAACGAGGACUCAAGUCUGUACGACUAUCCCGUCAAGAAUGUCGCGGCCGGGCCCAAUAUGACGGAUGUGGUAAGGCUGCCUCCUUCGUAUCCCUUGAUGUUAUUGGUCACCUGUGAUUUGGUAAACAGAAAACUAACGGCAGUACGUGGCCAGGACCUACAAACCAUCAAGGGCUUUGUCUGCUUGGCGUCCAACACUACGAAUUGGCGGGCCCAGAACAACCUGACUACAUACCGAUUCCAGUACGCCGGCAACUUUUCGUCGGUGACGCCGCUAGGCUGGAUGGGCGCGUAUCAUGCGAGCGACAUCCCCAUGAUCUUUGGCACGUACCAACUACGCCCUGGAAUCACGGACGAGGAAAGGAAGACGGCGGAGACGAUGCAAGACUACGUCGCCGCCUUUAUCGCAGACCCUGAGAACGGACUUCGGAAUAAAGGUUGGUCGCCAAUGGAUAAGUCUGUGGCCGUGGGAGGGACAAUGCUUCGAUUUGCGGCCCAGCAUGGGCCGCUGGUGCAGGAAGUAUCAACGCACGAAGUUGACGACGCAUGUGUUAAAGGCGCACCGUACAAUAGGAGUCCUUGA